AUGUCGAUCUACUCCUUUUACAUCUUCGACCGGCACACCGAAUGUAUAUACUCGAAGCGAUGGACCACACCCCAGCAGCAGCAAAGACCAUCCUCGAUGCCCAAUAGCAUCAAGGAUAUUCCCCUCUCAGCCAAACAAACGUCGAAGCUCUCCGACGAUGCCAAACUCAUCUUCGGUACAAUCUUCUCCCUUCGCCGCAUGGCACGUCAGCUCGGCGGUUCCGACGACCAAUUCCUUUCCUAUCGGACAGGCGAAUACAAGCUGCACUACUUUGAGACUCCCACCCAAUUAAAGCUUGUCAUGUUGACUGAUACGCGCGUCGGAAACAUGCGAACUGUCCUGCAUCAGAUUUGGGCGACGUWGUAUGUGGAGUUCGUCGUGAAGAGUCCUCUAGCGCCCGUGGAGCACAAGGGUGGUGUUGGGGUCGCCAAUGAACUGUUCGAAGGCGGGCUGGAAUCCUUCAUCGGAACCAUCUUUGCACCUCCUUGA